AUGUUUAUUUUACCAGUUAUCCUUCUUCUUACCAGAGCUGCGAAUGCUUUCCAGCCAUGCUCGAUUUUUGGUCCAGGAUUUACUGCCCCUCACAACCUAUCUGUUUCUCCUGCAUUCAAAGAAGCUUCUGAUAACUUCACCUCUCUCAUCGAGUCCGUCAUUUCGUCGAGCAAGUCGAGAUAUGGCCAAUUUGACUCGAAUACAACGACCUUUUCUCUCCAGGUUUUCUCGACAAGUACCGAUCCACCUCUCUAUGAGUUUCACCAUACAGCACCAGGACUCGAAUACUCCGGUACUGGCGUUCGCGAAGUUAACUCGGAUUCUAUAUAUCGAAUAGGAAGCGUUACGAAGUUGCUUACUGUAUACUCAUUUCUCAAUACUGCCGGAGAUGCAAACUUUCAUGACCCUGUGACACGAUGGGUACCGGAGCUUCGAGCGGCAGCAAGCUCCAAUAACAGUACAGAGGAUCCGGUAGAGUAUGUAGCCUGGAAUGAUGUGACUCUGGGUCAAUUGGCGGCGCAAAUGGCUGGCAUAGGACGCGAUGGCUCUCUCCAGGGAGAAAUCACACAGGAGACAUUAAACUGGACUGGAUACGGCUUCCCACCACUGGAGAGCUCCUCGAUUCCAACAUGUGGGGCUGUCAAACUAUGCAAUAGAACAGAAUUUUUCGAAAUCUUCAGUGACAGACCACCGGUUUAUCUUCCAUCGACGACUCCGGUUUACUCCAAUGUCGCUUUCCAAAUUCUUGCCUACGCUCUGGAGGAGAUUGUGGGUCAGCCUUUUCCAGAUAUUUUUGAGCAGACCAUGCGAAAGGAUCUAGGUCUGACGAGGACGGCACUAUCCAUUCCAGCUAAUGACACAUUCACAGCGAAUGGUGUUAUUCCACUCGGCCUUGCCAAUAGUGGCUGGGCUUUUGAUGGAGGAGAUGAAAAUCCUGCCGGAACUGCGUACUCAACAGCCAAUGAGUUAUCUUCCAUUGGUAGAUCGAUCCUUCGCUCCAGUCUACUUCCCCCAGCAUUGACUUUACGUUGGAUGAAGCCAGUGGGUCGGACUGCAGACCCUAACCUGUUGGCUGGGGCUGGUUUCGAGAUUCUCACAUUUACUGAUCCUAGCACUAAACAAAUCACCGACUUAUACACCAAGUCCGGCAACCUAGGGAUUUACAGCUCUCUUCUGAUUCUUUCGCCCGACUACGAUUUUGGCUUCACCAUAAUGUCAGCUGGAUUAAACAAUUUGGAUACGGCACAAGCAAUCGGACAACUUCUUGUCGACCACUUCGUUCCAGCCGUAGUCAAUGCUGCGCGAGCUGAGGCAGAUUCAAACUAUGCGGGAACUUAUAGCAGCCCAGACCCUGCUUUGAACUCAAGCAUAAACUUGUCGACCAUACCAUCACAACUCGGAUUAUCCAUAACUUCCUGGAUCAGCAAUGGGACUGAUAUGCUGGCCGUUUCUGCAGAGUUAGUCCUCAGGUCACCUGGGUCUCCAGUCACUGUCACGCUAUACCCAACAAAUCUAAAGUCUCAAGCCUCAGAUGGGAGUUAUCAGCGCCAAUUUCGAGCGACGUUCGAGGACCCAACUGUAGAGAAUCCAGGAGGACUAUUCACGAACAAGUGUCAAAGCUGGGUAUUCAUGGAGGAGAUCGUUUAUGGGAGACUUGCACUUGACGAGUUUGUAUUCACAGUCGAAAAAGGUGGAUCUGCAAGGAGUCUUGUCUCUAGUGCAUUGAGAGAGGUCCUGAGUAGGCAGUAA